CGAAAGUGCUUUCUACAUGCAGUAAGCUACACUCUGAAGUCAGCUGACUCAAACCCAAACAGUCUGCUGCCUCUACACCCUGAAACACCAUUCAAACUCAGCCGCAGCAAUGAAGAAGAACAAAGGCAAAGCCAACGUUACAACUGGGAAGGAGUUUGUGUUUGAGUUCAAGGCAGGGAAGCACAACUGUGUCCUUAAAGUUCCUCUGCAGUUUCCUGUACAAGAGAACAUCAGUGACCUUCACGGACGUCUAAUGCUGCUACAUAAAAUUCCCUGCUACAUAGAGAAUGAGCUGAAAAAUUCACUUACCAGCUUUGUUGAGAAGGAGACCAUCCUGGAUUAUGACAGAGAGGCAGAGCUGGCCCUGCAGAGGCUCUCCACAGGAGAUGUAGACAUAAACCAGCUCACCAAUGCAUGGACAAAGUCUUAUGUGGAGACUACGCUGGAGCACGCUCGUCCCGAAGAGCCGAGCUGGGACGAGGACUUUGCAGAUGUUUACCACGAGCUGAUCCACUCUCCCGCCUCAGACACGCUCCUUAACCUGGAGCAUAACUACUUUGUGAGCAUCUCCGAGCUCAUCAGUGAGCGAGACAUGGAGAUUAAGAAGCUGCAGGAGAGACAAGCCUCAGAAAUGGACAAAGUGAUGCAUGAGCUGGGGAACACUUUAAGUGACCAUGACGUGAAUGCCGUUGCUUCUCAACACUUUGAUGCCCAGCAGGUUUUGGAGAACAAAUGGGCCAGUGAGUUAAAGCAGGUUACCGGCAUUCAGAAGCAGGAGUAUCAGGAGUGGGUCAUCAAACUGCACCAGGACCUGCAGAAAUCCACCAACAGCAGCAAAAUCAAUGAGGAGAUCAAGGUGCAGCCCAGUCAACUGUCAGAGGUCGCAGAUUCAGGGGCGAGGAUGUUUGAGGAGCAGCCUCUGCUGGAGGAGAGUUUCACCAUUCAUUUAGGAGCCCAGCUGAAGACUAUGCACAACCUCCGUCUGGUCCGUGCAGACGUGCUGGACUUCUGUAAGCACCGGCAUCACGGCAGUGGUGGAGCAAAGCUGAGGCGGCUGCAGACGGCUCUGUCUCUCUACUCCUCCACUCUCUGUGGUCUGGUGUUGUUGGUCGACAACCGGGUUAACUCCUACAGCGGCAUCAAGAGAGAUUUUGCAACCGUAGCCAAGGAGUGCACAGACUUCCACUUUCACGCUCUGGAGGAGCAGCUGGAGGAGGUGCAGCAGGUGGUGCUGUAUGCCCGAGCCCAGCGGAGCCACAAACAGAAGGAACAACCUGAGGUUCCAAGAAAUGGAGGAGAUGACAAGAGCAAAAAUGUUGAAAGAAAUCCCUCAAACAUCCUCCCAGGUGAGUUUUACAUCUCCAGGCACUCUAACCUGUCCGAGUGCCAUGUCGUCUUCCACCUGUGUGUAGACGAUAACGUUCGUUCAGGCAACAUCACAGCUCGAGACCCCGCCAUCAUGGGUUUGAGAAACAUCCUGAAGGUCUGCUGCACACACGACAUCACCACCGUCACCGUCCCUCUGCUCCUGGUCCACGACAUGUCAGAGGAGAUGACCAUACCGUGGUGUCUAAAGAGAGCAGAGCUGGUUUUCAAAUGUGUCAAAGGCUUCAUGAUGGAGAUGGCUUCAUGGGAUGGAGGUGUUUCACGCACGGUUCAGUUUCUUGUGCCGAAGAGUAUCUCAGAGGAGAUGUUCUACCAGCUGAGCAACAUGUUGCCUCAGAUCUUCCGUGUCUCCUCCACCCUGACCCUCACCUCAAAGAACUGAUGGAUGAAGAUGCUCCUCAUUGAAUCCUGCUUAUUUACACAGCAGUAAGAAGACAGGAGUCUUUAAGAACUCUUAAUGAACAGAUAUGAUGAUGUAGCACAUUCAAACGAACAGAGUUUUGUGGCAUUAAAGCACUUACAAUAGAAGGGAAAAACAUUUUAUGUGGAUGUUAAGCCUUUGCUUUUUCUGCAACAACAAAAGUUGCACAGUGUGUAAAAGUCUCCUCUUGAAAGCAGACUAGAUUCAGUGGUUCACCAGAACAGCUGCUGCAAUUAUCAUUUCAAGCCUCUGGGGUGUGGUUAUGGUGACAGAGUUUUAUAACAUCAUGGCAUCAUUUAGCGGCGCCGCAAGUAUUCCAGUGUUCCUUUAAAACUUCACUGUUUAACAGUGUGCACGUUCAAGCUCCAGCAUAACAGAAAACAUGGUGUUGAUGUUUAAUCUCUCUGGUUAUGGAGUGAAAAUGCAAUCAGUCAAGCAGAAAUAUGACAACAAAGUGUCGUUUCCAGACGUGAUGGAGCUGGUUGGAACAAGUCCUGGCAAGAGAACAGAUGUGACCCAUUGACUGUACAUAAAUAUGGACAAUGUCUCAGCUCCUUUACCUUUACUUAAGUGAAGCCAAAAUACCCCUAAGACAGGUGCUGACUGAUUCUGCUGGUGGAAUUGACAGCACACCCCUUCUGCUAACUGCAGCAGACAUUGAAGUUACUGAUAGAAUGUCAUAGGUCCUUCAGCAUUGAUCCCAUUGUCACUUUAAAGCAGACGCUCAUGGUCAUAGAAAGUUAAAUGAUAGUAUUUUUUGGUGCAUUUAAACCAAGUAGUCCAGUUCAGUUGUGGCAUGGUACAAAUUUAUUUGUGUUUCCAUAUUCAAAAGUUGGAAGUGUCGCAAAAUAACUGACCUAUACAGUCCUACUUUUUUGCACCUAUUUGUAGGUGCACCAAAUUUACCUUUCCAACCCUAAAGAAUUAAAUGUAGAUAGAUAGUAGAUAGAUAGAUAGUAGAUAGAUAGUCAUUUAUUGUCAUUGCAUUGUAAAAACACAACAAAAUUAUGUUUGGCAGUCUCCUCUGUAGCAGCAAACACAGAAGGUGUAGAAGGUGGUUAGAAAUUGGCAGCCUUACGUCAUCCAUCCUGCUGGCGAGGGAGUGGGCACCCGAGAGAAAGAUGCAUGGUAGGGCAGGUUUGUGUGGGGUCGCUCUUAGCCUAGCCUGCAGCCCAGCUCGUUUGCCCCUUGUCUGGCGUCAGAUUGUAACUUUUUCAUGAGCCAUGAAACAGCUCAUAAAAAUCAACUAUUUUGCUUCAUCUGUCAUUAUCCUCUAAUGUCUCUCAGCUUCAGCUGUUUCAUUGAACAGUACUGAAACGGUCUAACUUUUUAGCUGAAGGCUGGUGUGUGAACGGAGGUUGUUUUCACACCAUUCACAUUGCACUGGGUCAAAGGGACCAAACUGUCUGGAAAACGUCCAGCAGGUGCGUUUGUGAUGCUGUUGUCCUAAACAAAGGGCGGUGAAGAAGAAAAGGAGAUGUAGAAGAAGACGAGUCUCCUCCGCUGGUCUUUUUUUUUUUUACCACAUAAGUAGACAGUGAGGCAGCGAACUGUCCAGCAUGUCAUUCUUAACAUGAGACGAAUUAAUCGGUACUAAAGAAAGUGAGGCAAAAUGAGAGCGAGAGAUGACGAUGUGUUGCCAUGGUUUCACAGAUGUGAAGCGAGGUACUGUCAUGUAAGUGUAUUAAAGGAGACAUAUUAUGCAAAAAUCCCUUUUUCAGGCUUUUCUACCAAAAAUAUGUGCCCCUGGCCUUUCCACAGUCACCCCAAGAAUCAGAAAAAUCCAUUCCCU